AUGCGUCUACUAAAGGACGAAACUCCGCUUGCUUCGGAGAACUUUCGCUGUUUGUGCACAGGGGAAAAGGGUGGAAUUCUUAGUUUUAAAGGCUGCAAGUUUCACCGCAUCAUCAAGAACUUUGUGGUCCAAGGUGGAGACUUCACAACAGGUGACGGUACUGGCGGCCAAAGUAUCUACCGCGGUACUCCGCACGGGGAUCUUUGGGGAAACUUUAAGGAUGAACGGUUCCUACCUCACGACGACGUCGGGCUGCUGUCAAUGGCCAAUGCAGGCAAGAACACAAACGGCUCGCAGUUCUUCAUUACUACAAGAGCAGGUCUGAAGAAUCUGGAUGGCGAGCAUGUGGUCUUUGGCGAGGUCAUUCAUGGGCUAGAUGUCGUAGACGCGAUGCAGAACGUGAAGGUGAGCCCGAGCAACAGCUGCCCUCUCUCCGAAAACGAAGUUGCAGUGAUCGAUUGCGGAGAACUCUAG